GAUUAUCUGUUUCUUACGCGUGGACUUCAAAUUCUGCAUCGGGGUUCUGCAGUCUGCGUUCUGCGGUCUGCGUGGCAAUGCUACCCGAGUCUUUCUGACUGUCAUGCCUCUCAUCUUCAAUGCUACGGAAUGACCUGGACUUGGAGGCUUGGACCCAUCAGCAUCAGCAUCAGCAUCCCUUGGCCGCCUCCACAUGCACGGAUCGCACGUCCACUCCUGCCUGGUCGGCCUCUAGAGCUGCAGUCCUCUCUGUAAGAAGGCAAGCAAGGGAAAAAGCUGGACUGGGACACUCGUAAACUGGAGAUGGCUAUGCCGCCAUGGUGGCGGAU